GCCAUCAAAAAUAUGUAUUUACAUUAAUUUUGAGCAGUAAUAUCAAAUACGUUGGUGCCAAUUUCAAAAUCAUUGCCCCCAUUAGCCUAUUUUAGUUGUACAGAUUAUCUAGAGCAAUCUGGGGCAAUGAACGAGUCAACUAAUAAGCUACUGAAGGACGCUGCAGAGGAAACAUUGGAAGCAUCAUUAACAUGGUCUCCCGUGACUCGGAUUGAAGACAAAAUGUUACAGCUUCCAGUUCCUGAAACGGAUGAGUCGGACACUUCAGCCUCGGAAAUUCUGUCAGGAUCUGACAUGUCUUACGUAGGUGCUUCACCAGCUCCAUCCAUCCUUGCUUUAAAGAAAGCGAAACAAAGUGUGAGAGGCACUAAAAAUGUUGUGGAAAUUAAUGAUGAUUCCAUAAUAGAUAUAUCUCACUCAUUCUCGGAUGCCAGCGACAGAAGGCUCUUAGGGGAAUCUCAGACAAAAACUUCAUCAAAUAUAGGUCCACAAAAACCUUUGGCCACUCUUGAUGAUACUCAUAGCUUAUUUUCUUGUACAAAUAAUUCACUCUCUACUGUUGCAAGGACUAAGCCGGCACAUGAAACUCCAAGUUAUAGAUCUAGUUUUAAUCUCGAGGCCAAAGAGAUGAACACUUCUAAUUUGAAACUCAAUACUUCUGGCUUCUGGCGAGCUCCAGCCGAUACAAGUUCAUCUGAUGAUGAACUUCAAAUUUCUGUUGACUUGACUGCAACAAAUGCCAGUUUACCUAACAUUGACUCAAGUGAGGCUGGACUUGUAAAUCGUUUACAGAACAGUGGCAAUCGUUUCAGUAAAAUUUCAACACCAAACCGCAGUAAUUUCUUAUCGGGACAUCGUGUGUCGGAGGUUUCUCUUAAUUGUGAUGAAGAUAAUCUCCAAAACCGUAGAGAGAAUGUGGUUCCUGAAACGGAUGAAUAUCUGAAUGCAACAUCUCAUAGCCACCACAGCGUUGAAGCUGCUGUGCGAUCGAAAAAGGCAUCUCAUAUCCAUGCAAUUGAUGACAGUCUUGCUGAGAGUCCUGUCAUAGCCAGAAACAGGAAGAAAACUUGCGCAUUCAUCGUCAGUAGUGAUGAUGAUGAUGAUGAGGGUGAUUCGCUUGUUGAUCAUAACGAUGACGCCUCCAUCGAUUCGUUCAUCGACGAUCGUUCGAGAACUGAUGUGAGUGGGAGUCCUCCGAACAAUGCCACUUCAUCAUUUUUGUCUUUGAAAGACGUAUCCAUGGCUGGCGAAGAUUCCAUAUCCGCAGCAAAGCCUGGCGGCAAUUAUGGGAUGAAGGAAACCAAAACUACUGACAAAUCCCAUCAAGAACGGAGAACGUCAGUUAUGUCAAGUGAUCCUAAUUCAAAAUUCAAGAAAAGUGGUGACCGAGCUUACGCUUCGAAUGAUGCGUCAAAUUUGUCAAUUGAAGAAGUCCCGUCACUGAUCUAUCAGAAGAAAAAGCUUGCCAAAAAUGUGAAGCUAUCGGCAUUACCUGACAACGGAGGGCGGCUCAAGCAGCAAAUUCAGGAAUUGGAACAAUCUUUGUCUGACCUUUCGAUGAACUCGAGCAUUCAUGAAAGCUCCAAGUCAGCAUCAGAUAGGGCUGAAGAAUCCAUCGUUGUCGUUCCCUCUUCUAGUGAAGAUGAAUCAGCUGACUAUGCAACUCCAAUGGGGAAACUAACUCGUGUUGCCGAAAGCGUUAAUCGAUACGAGCCUCCUAAGAGUCCGACCUUGAUGAAGCGAUUGGAAGAUAAAAAUGACGAAACCAAUGAAAAAUUAAUUGAUCUCAAAGAGACGCUGGAGAAGAAGAAAAGACUUUUUCAGGCUACCAAUCUUCGGGCCUUGGACGACGGAGGAGAUAAAUUGAAGAAAGAAAUAAAUGAUAUUGAAAGAGAGCUCAUGAUGUUGGAACUGAAAGCUGACGCGACUGAAAUAGUACGUCAUGGAGCAUACCAACAGUAUGAGCAAAAGAAUAUUGGGAAGUUGAACCUCGUGAACGUUGAUGCCAGCAGCACUACUGCUGACGGUGCUCGAUACACGAAACCCGACUUGCCUCAGAAUGUGAUAGACGCUCUGUAUUCAGCUGACCAGAACUAUGGCGCAAGGAACUAUGGCGGUAAAAUUUCGGACGCCAGGGAAAGACAGAUAGUGAGAGUGACCAGUGAUACACUGGAGGCAUUUUCCCAAAUAAUCAGGAACAUGCCUGAUGUUGAAAAUAUAAACCCUGACUCAGUUCAGGAGCCGAGAGGACUAAGAGUUGAUUUAAUGCCUCAUCAAAAGAGAGCACUUGUAUGGCUAUUGUGGCGCGAAUCUCAGGAACCUCCAGGUGGCAUUCUCGCUGAUGACAUGGGACUUGGAAAAACCUUGACCAUGCUUUCCCUCAUACUACGCCACAAGGAGUUGAUCAGCGAGGGCGUUAUUGAUGACUUCGCAAUGGAGACUUUGCGAGAUGAGGACCAAAGCGAUGAAGAAAUCAGCACUAAGGGCGGGUCCAAAUGGUUGCCUAGGCCUCGGAAGCAGCAGCUCAGGAAGACUCAGGGGACGCUGGUUGUGUGUCCUGCUUCUCUGAUGGGACAAUGGGAACGAGAAGCAAAUGAUCGCAUAUCUCGUGGUCGCCUGUCAGUGUUGGUGUAUCAUGGACCCCGGCGCGACACUUCGAUUGGCUUCAUCUGUAAGCAUGAUGUGGUCAUCACCACGUAUCAGCUAGCUAUGAAGGAGGCCUUUGGCAAAGGUGGAUGCUCUGUUAAGGAAAAAAAAAGUGAUGGCAUCCCGAAGUUAAGCCGCAGCGACCAAGGUUGCCUGUACCAAAUUGGAUGGGCGCGAAUAAUCUUGGACGAGGGUCACUGUAUCCGGAAUCACAAAAGUCAAACCGCACAAGCCAUGUGCAUGCUAAAGGGCGGCAGACGCUGGAUACUUUCGGGUACACCCGUUCAAAAUAAAGAAAUGGAUAUGUUUUCUCUGGUUCGUUUCUUGCGGAUCGCUCCAUUUGACGAGUACAUUUGUUGGAAGCAUCAAAUAACGAACAGUAACGUGCAAGGAAUGCGACGACUCACGAUGAUCGUCAAAGCCAUCCUUCUGAGACGCACCAAGGAUCAGGUGGAUAAAUCAUCUGGUGAGAAGCUAGUCAAGCUGCCUGACAAGAAAACUAUUGUGCAUGAACUUUCGCUCUCUCAGGAGGAACGUGAGAUCUACGAUCGAAUCUUUAGGUUAUCGAGAAAUUCUCUUUAUGAAUACAUGAAGACGCACGAAGAAAAGGAACGUGAGAAAGAAUCCAAAACUAAAGAUACUCUUUCUGUUGACGUGACAUCAGCUGACAAAUUCCGGUUCACUCCUACUUUAGGUCAAAAAGAUUUACUGGACGAAAGUGUCAAGACUCAUCAUCUGCUCGUGCUGCUGCUGCGACUGCGUCAGAUCUGCUGUCACCCGACCCUCAUAAAAGCCAUUGUUACCGGUGCUGCUGAAGAUGAGCAAGACGUCGACACGUCCGAUAAAGAAAAUGUGGAUGCUUCGUUGCUGGCACAGUUGCACGAUAUGACACUGCAGGAGCCCGACGACCGCCUGGAGGAAGUUAAGCAGCGCCCUAAAGCCGAGCCCUUCAGCCUGGACAACCCAGUUUUCGAUCCUGCCCACGAGAGCUCAAAAAUUGAAAGGGUUUUCAAAGAGCUUGUGGAGAUAAAAAAGAAGGGUCGCACCGAUAAACUGGGCAACCCUGACCCGAACGGCAACCGCGAGAAGGCCGUGAUCGUGUCGCAAUGGACGUCCAUGCUGAAGAUCUUGCGGGAACAUCUUCUGCUGAACGGUGUCAAGAACCACAUCAUCGACGGCACGGUGCCUGUGAAAGAUAGGACAGCCAUUGUUGCAGACUUCAACGAUAACCCUAAAGGACCCAAAGUUUUGCUGCUCUCUCUUGGGGCUGGUGGCGUGGGCUUGAAUUUAGUUGGCGCCAAUCACUUGUUUCUUCUGGACAUGCACUGGAACCCACAGCUCGAAGCCCAGGCUUGUGACAGGAUUUACAGGGUCGGACAAACGCGCCCAGUCUUCAUACACAAGUUUGUGGUCGAUAACACAGUCGAAGUCAAAAUUUUGGAGCUUCAGAAGAAAAAGCUGCAGCUGGCCGCGGAGGUACUGGGCGGGGCCAAGAGGAGCGCUGGCGAUAACGCCCUCUCCAUCAACGAUCUUGCAAAAAUCUUCGACUUGCAAUAAUGGACUGCCUCAUCUCGUCUUUUUAAAUAGCUUGAUUUUAUGUAUUCAUUUCUUUUUAUUUAACUAGAAGCUUGUGCCUUUUUUCGUUUUGUGAGACAAGCUUUCAAUGUGGUUCAUUCCUGUUGAUAGGUCUAGUGAGUUCAUUUUCCCUCACUGAGGGUUGAGACCAAAAUAAACUUGACCUUUCUUUAAAAUGUUGACGCAACGAGCUAAGUGCCUUGCACUUCCUUCUAACUUUAGAGCAUUUAUUAGUUCUGUGCAUAUCUUUAUCAGAACCUCUUUUUUGGUUCAGAUUAUAUGCUCUGGUUUCGAAAACAUUCCACAAACAUGAAAAGUAGAGCGAGCUUGAGGAUUCUGUCCGUGUCCGCAAGCCUUCUGACGUCUUUCCUUUACUUCGAUAUUUUAUGAGCGAGGUUCUUCCACCUUGAGGGUAGAUAUAACUAGCAUUUCUUUUCAUUUCUCUUAUGAGGGCUUACUCAGUGAGACGCGAGUGAAGUACAACGGAUACAUUUUUUUUCUACUAACGCUGCUUCUUUGCGCGCUUGCCAUCUUCUGUUUCUUUUGGAUGGAAUCCAUUUUUCGAUCUCGCUAUGAUAUGGUUUGUUUUGAAGCGCGGCUCUGUACACAACUUCCAACUUGCGCUUACUUUUCAAAGUUGUCGUAUUAAUAGUUAAUGCUACUUGCAUCAAGACCAAUGAAGAAAGUUCUUAUGUUUUUACCAAGCAUCUCAGUUUAUUUUGAAUCUUGGUUUUAUGGGAAGUUUUAAUUCUGUGGUUUAACGGAUUUUUUUUGUUAAUUGCGACCUGUUCAAUGGAAUGCCCAAACGUGAUGAAGCUCAUUUAAUGAUGGAUUAAAAAGAAUGAGCUUUCUCUAUCGAUAGUGUGACUUUUAAUUUAUGCAAUGGUUAAUCGAAAACCAUGCAAAAAAAAACAUUUCAUUUCACUGUUCAGUAAUCAUUGCAUUUGUCGCUGCAAUGCCGAAUGGAUUCAUUAGGAGGCUAUGCAAUAGUUUAUUUGUAACAUUGUGUUAGGUCCUAUCUCAGAUUUUCGAUAAAUGAAACUGAUAUUUUAUGUGA